AUGUCAUCAAAUACGAGCAUAGCUGAUGAAAUUAAUAAUCUUAACCUAAGUAUGCAGUUGCUUUACCAAAUAACGAGUAUUAUUUUUAUUGUUAUUGGUGCAGUGGGCCAUACAUUGAGUAUUUAUGUUUUUACUCGUCCUGAAUUUCUUCUAAAUCCAUGUGCACGUUAUUUUCUGGCAUCGGCUAUAUCUGGUAGUAUGGUUGUCUAUACCAUUGUUCCAAUACGAAUGCUUCAAUUUGGAUAUAAUAUCAAUUUAUUUAUAUAUUCAACUUCAGUAUGUCAAGUUUUAUCAUAUUUUUUAGUGUGUGCAAGAUUACUACCAUCUUGGUUUAUUGCCUUAGCUUCAAUUGAUCGGUUUCUUGCCAGUUCACCAUCAACUGACCUUCGUGCAUGGAGCAACAUUCAUAUUGCAACUCGUGUUAUAUUAAUAACAGUUCUAUUUAUUUGUCUCAUUAAUAUUCAUUAUCCUCUCAAUCAGACAAUCGUUUUAUUACCAAGAAUAUCUUGUACUUUCUCAUCAAGUACUUAUCAAGCAUUUUUUUCUCUAUGGAACUUGACAAUCUGGAGUUGGAUUCCAACUAUUUUGAUGUUAAUCUCUGGUUUACUUACUAUUCGACAUAUUCAUCAAAGCAAAAAGAGAAUAAGUCCUCAAAAUAAUUCACAACAAAAUCAAAAGAAAUUAGAUCGUCAUUUAAUUCGAAUGCUAAUUAUUCAAUGUUUUAUAUUUGGAUUUACGACCACUGUCUGUUCAGUUAUUCAGCUUUACGUGUCUAUAACAAAUAAUCUAAUAGUAAAAUCUGAUUUAACCAAAGCGAAAGAACAAUAUGCUAUGAAUGCUGCAAAUUUAAUAGCUAUUGUCGGUCCAUGUACAAGUUUUUAUUUGUUUACAUUGUCAAGUCAACUGUUUCGUCGUCAACUGGUCAAUGCAUUUUGUGGGCAACGAUUUUCACAGAAUUUGACUACUACAAAUGGAAACACCAAUCCAAGAGAUGGUCAACAUGUUAAUAAAAAUUAA